AUGGAUGCCACUCGCAUUCUCGGCAAAGAUGCCACUGAGUUUGUCAUGCGUGGCAUUCACGACGGCAAUGAGCUCGUUAAACACUUUCCCAUCACCACCCUAUUCGCCAUUGGUCUUGAAGCAGCUCUCAAGGCCAUCGACUACAUGAAGCCACCAGCAUGCUCUGACCUAGAACUCAGCAAGGUCUACAAGGAGUAUACAGGUAAUGACAUUGACUUCUUCAUAUUCUGGGGAGUCCAGAUAAAUCUUGCCUUGACUCGGUUGGUUCGUGUUGUUGCCAAUGAACAUGGCUGGCUUGAAGGAUGGAAGGCACUGGCAAUGGCUUGUCCAGACUGUGGUAUGCAUGAUCAACUCAUGCAAGAUGUUGCCACUGGCGUUCACGUCUUUCAGUCCGUCAAAGUCUCUACCCUCCCUCGCGAGAAGCUGGACAUCAAAUUUCGAAUUACUGCGACUCCAGACCCUACCAAUAUCCACGAGAUCGGCCCAAAGACACUCGGAGGCCAUAACUGGGAGACUGAUGAACAGUACAAGGCCGCAGUCAAGAGCUGGAACGCACCAAUCGAUCUACCCAUGGGACCUUGCCCUUUCUACGCCUGGAUCGGAGUUGCUAAGAAAGUUGAUUCAUUCAAGGAUUCUCCCAAGGAAGCAGCAGCUUUCUGGACAUCUCAACUUCUAGGAAUCGUUGACUAUGAUUUUGACAAAGACGAGAAGAAUAUGAAGGGAGGAAUCGGCCACGCCAUCAAGCUAACCGCUAAGAUGGCAGUUGAGACCGAUGGAAAGAUGCGCGGUGCUGCGUGGAUUGGAUUGUUGACCAUGGAUCAGCAAUGCUUCAAUCGUUCCAUCCAGAUGAAAUGGGUGAGCGAAGCCCAAGGCAGCUUUGUUCUAGGACCUGAUGACAUUGACCCUGAGGAGUUUGGCAUUGCGGGUUAUAUUGACUGUGCUGCCCUCGCUCCCUUCGCUUAUCAAUCCGCCGAACAACUUCUCCCCUCCAGACUCUCGAUGUUCGUUGCAGUCAUCUUCGCUAACCAACAUGACUUACUUUUUGAUAUGGGCUGCUCCAGCAGGAUCUCAUGUGCUGCUUUCGCCAAUGCGACUGGGGUUUUCAAGUACGAUCUUCCUCAGGCCUGGACCAUUGGGAUGAUCGACGCGAUUGCCACCCGUGCUUUGAACGGCGCAGACGAUCAGAAGGCUCUGUAUGGAGACAAUGCACUUCUCGUUGUUUGUGUAUGGAACAUCUUCAAUGUUCGAUACCGUGCCUGGGAACGCUUCAUAAAGUACACUCGAAUGUUGCGCAAGUCCAGCUCCAAGGUCUCUGCUGGCAUCCUCAAGCGUGCUCAGCAAGGCUUGGUGUUGGUUCUCAAGAACUUGGAUGAGUCAAUUGGUGAGUCUUUCGAGAGAUUGCUGGAUUCUUCGAAUGCUUCGAAGAUGGUGAAUCGGAAGACAUCCACCACCGACUACCAACUCUCGAACCCCAGCGAGCAUUUGAAGGAAUACGGCGUCAACGCCCCAGAGCUCUGCCCAAACUGCACCCCACUUUCAAUCGAGGCCGUCCAUAAAUCCUCAGACACCAUCCAAGCCAUCCCAGGAGUCCCCUCCACAGUCACUCGUUCCGCACCUGUCUCCAUCGCCGCCGCGAUUCGCCGCGCUUCACUCUUCGCCAUGACAAGUGAAUGUUGCGACGCCUGCGCUUGUCGAAUCGGUCUUUGGGCCAACCUAAUGUCGGAUAAAGCUGUUAUUUCGCUCAUGACAGUCGAAACUACCAUGUCGUCGAGGGAGUGGUUGCUUUGCAACUACUUCAUGGGUUGCGUGGCUUUCUCGCCACUUCGCAUGAUCUCUGUUCUGGCGAACUUUGAUUUGAAUGCGGAUAUCAGUUUUGAGGAUGGGGCCAUGGGUGUGAGAGACGUGGCUGAUUGCUAG